AUGGAGAGCCCGAACAGCAAGAGCCUGCUGCCUCUGAUUCGGGACCAAACCGAAUUCGAGACACAGGAGGGUGUCUCUGGCUUGCAACAACAUCUCCAAUGGGAGGAAAAAGCGGAACUUCCCCAGGCAACAAUCAAGUCAACCAUUGUUGGCUUGAUGAUCGGAACUGUGGUGCUCAUAUCGAAUUUUCAAUUUGGUCUACAAACGGGGUGGGUGUCGAUGAUGUCACUUCCGUCGGCAUUGCUAGGGUUUACUAUUUUUAAACUUUCGCCGUGGUCAAAGCUGUUCACCGACGUGGAGAAUGUUUAUAUCCAAAGUGUUUCCGUUGCUGUCGGAACGGGACCAUUGGCGUAUGGGCUUGUGGGAAUAGUGCCGGCCAUUGAGAAGUUUCUUACCGAGGAUGAAAGUGGCACCGGCUCCAAGAUAGUUCUCUCGCUUUCCCAGUUAAUCGUGUGGUCUCUCGGAUUAUCUUUAUUCGGGGUGUUUUUUGCAAUUCCGCUAAGGAAGCAAGUGAUCAUCAAGGAGAAGCUACCGUUUCCUUCUGGAAGCGCCACCGCUACGCUCAUCUCUGUUUUGCAUGGUACAGAGUUGUACGAUGAGAAGAAAGAUCAUCCGCGUGGUGGAGAUUCACAUGAACAUGCUACAGACUCGGGCUCUUCCAUUGAGUAUAUACACGGUGGGGUGAUUCUGCCUUCGGAGUCUCGGGAGAUCAAGUUGGCUCAAAAGAAGGAGGCUUAUCGUACUAACAUUCGGUUCCUCACUGUGACCUUCGUGGUGUCAGCCCUCUACACCCUUAUAGCAUACUUCAUCCCCAUACUCAAGAUUCUACCGAUCUUUGGCCACAAGCUCUCGAGAGUCUAUCAGUGGAAUUUCCAGCCCUCCCCAGCAUACAUAGGCCAGGGAAUUAUCAUGGGUCUUCCGUCAGUCUCGUACAUGUUAUUCGGUGCUCUUCUCGGAUGGGGUGUAUUGGCGCCGUUGUCAAAGUACUUGGGCUGGGCCCCAGGACCUAUCGACGACUGGGUCACUGGUGGCCAAGGCUGGAUUCUUUGGCUAAGUUUAAGCGUGAUGAUCGCCGACUCCAUAGUGUCAUUCGUUGUGGUCACCUACAAGUCGUUACAUGAAGGUAUCACGUCAAUGGUGACUCGUUCUUCUUCUGAGGUGCAUCAGAGACUUCUUGGCGGCACUGUGAGCUACGAUGCAGUUGAAAGCCAGAUUGAAGUACUUUCCGAGACAAGCUCGUUUGCUGACCUUCUGAAGGUGCAUUUGAUCAGUAAUAAGAUUACUAUAGCGGGAGUUGUUUUGUCUUCGAUCGUUUGUAUGUGGGCCAUGAAAGCGGUAUUUGGGGAUCUCAUUCCGCAUUAUGCUACGUUCAUUGCAGUAGUGUUGGCCCUCUUUUUUUCCAUAUUGGGUGUUCGUGCGUUAGGAGAGACAGAUUUGAACCCGGUAAGUGGAAUAGGGAAGUUAUCCCAGCUAAUAUUUGCCGCUUUCAUUCCACGCAAUCACCCGUCUCGAAUCCUUGUCAACUUGGUUGCUGGUGGCAUCGCUGAAGCAGGAGCUCAACAAGCUGGUGACUUGAUGCAAGACCUCAAAACUGGCCAUUUACUUGGAGCUUCUCCCAAAGCUCAAUUUGCAGCUCAAAUGAUCGGCACGGUCUAUUCAGUGUUUGUUAGCAGCAUCAUGUACAAGGUUUACAACUCCGUUUACGAAAUUCCCAGUCAAACAUUCAGAAUACCCACGGCUGUGGUUUGGAUAGACUGUUCCCGUCUCGUGACAGGUGAGGGUCUUCCUCCACACGCAUUCGAGUUUUGCAUUCUUUUUGGUGCCGUGUUCGGCUUGAUCUCGGCUGUGAAAAAUAUUCUACCUUCUCACUCAAGACAUCACAAGUACUUGAAGUAUUUACCCAACGGUGUGGCAGUUGGUAUUGGCAUUUACAACACUCCUAACUUCACCUUGGCCAGGUUUCUUGGUGGGUUGAUUGCAUUUGUAUGGUUAAAAUAUGCUGGGAAAAGGAAGGACGAGAAGGUGAAAAUGGUGAUUGUAAGCAGUGGAUUGGUCCUCGGUGAAGGUCUAUUUAGUGGGUUUACAAUGCUAAUGACUAGUUUGAAAGUUCCUCAUCUAUGA